AUGUUUACUGGACCGACUUGCGGUAAAGAGGCGGCCACAUUAAGCUUCAACGGUUCGCAACAUAUGUCAGUUACCAUGGACGCCGAGAUGAUUACCCAAACUGAGGAUAUUGUUUUGAGGUUCCGAACAAGCAAACCCCUGGGCAUGCUGCUGAUCUCGUCCACCGUGGAGACGGGCGACAGGAUCGAGAUAGCCGUGGCCGCCGGCAGGAUACGUCUGGCCGUCCGGCUGGGCGUCAAGGACAAAAAGAAGGAGGACAAGGAAAAGGAUAAGAUUUUAUUGGCUGGUCAAAACGUAAAUGACAAUGAAUUCCAUACAGUAAGAUUCUCAAGAAGAGGGGCUAACCUAAAACUUCAAUUGGAUAACCAAUCACCAGUAAGAGCCGAGUCUCAAGGAAAGUACAACACUCUUCAAUGGAGAACCCUUCAUUUAGGUGGUUUAUAUCAUUUGGAAGAAGAAAUCAGUAUGUCCACAACAGUUCCCAAUUUCGUUGGUGACAUUCAGCAGUUUUAUUUUAAUAAUAUUCCAUACAUUGAGCUUGCAAGGGCGUUAAGCUCUGAACAAUCUAUAUCAGGAUUUCCGAAUAUAAAGGUCGCCGCAAAAUUCGUCAAACACGCCACGGACAAUCUCCACCGUCCUGUCACCUUCCGCUCCAAACACACAUUUAUCGGCCUACCUAUGCUCAGGGCCUACUCCAGCAUCCACAUCGACUUCAUGUUCAAAACUCGAGAAGCCAACGGACUCAUUAUGUUCAACGGCGGCAAAAAAGAAGACUUCGUGGCUGUGGAACUCGUAGAUGGCCAUAUAAACUACAUCGUCAACGUAGGCGAUGGACCGGUUACGUUGAAGGAUACCGUGCGAACGCAUCUUAACGACAAUCGCUGGCAUACAGUUGGUAUAAGGAGGCCAAGCGCAAAGCAGCACACUUUGAUGGUGGACGACGAUAUUGUCAUAGCUGCAAAUCAUGGUGUUGGCAAUCUAGAGCUCGAUGGUAUUUUGUACUUGGGCGGCGUCUACAAGGAUUUGUACGCACAGUUACCGCAAGAAGAUGUUAAGUCCAGGCACGGUUUUGAGGGGUGUAUAGCGGGGUUGGAUUUAAAUGGAGAGAGUCCCAAUAUUAUGGAGGAUGCAGUGGUGCAUAGUUCUUUGGUUACGGCUGGAUGUGAAGGACAAUCAGCAAAAUGUAGUCACAACGUGUGCGCAAAUGCUGGAAUAUGCGUUCAACAAUGGCAUGCUUACACAUGUGAUUGCGACAUGACCACAUACACUGGCCCAACAUGUUCAGAUGAAUCUGUUUCCUACGAAUUUGGACCCAACCGUGGAAUAAUAACGUACACCUUCCCUGAAGACAACAGGCCAGAAAAGCAAGAGGACACAAUCGCGAUUGGUUUUAUAACUACCAAAUCAGAUGCCGUUUUAUUAAGAAUAGUCAGCGGUAUUUCGAAUGAUUAUAUCGAAAUGUAUAUUGUUGAAGGAAACGUAUUUGUAGUUUAUAAUUUAGGAACGAACGAUCACCCAUUAGGGGAGAUAACAGUUAAAGUGAACGACAAUGCAUAUCACGUAGUCAAGUUUCAUAGAUCUGGGCACAAUUCCACACUCCAAGUAGAUGAUUACAACGUACAAACCAGUCAUCCAGAAGGUCAAGAACUCCAAAUCUUCAACAGCCAAUCGCAAAUACAAAUCGGUGGCAAAUGGUCUCGCGGUAAGUCGCGCAUAGAACGUCCAUUCUCCGGAAUCAUAUCUGGCGUGGUUGUCAACGGUCUAAGAGUGCUAGAUCUGGCAGCAGAAAAGGACGUGCACGCCUCUAUCAGAGGCGACGUGCAACUUAUUUCGGGCAUCAUGGAGAGGCACUCGGCAGAUCACUUGCAGAAAAUGCAACAGACGCCUGCCAGCGGUUUUCCGGGCCUCGAAGACGACCUGGUCUUCAGCGGGGCAGGUUCCGGUUGUAACGGCGACGACGAGGACGAGUGUCCGCCGCUUCCGGAAUCCGGUUCCGGGGAUGACGAUUUGAUUACUCCGGUUUACGUGCCGCCUACUAAGCCUGCGCCGACGGCCAAACCGCCCAAAAAGUUGCCGCCAGAGGGCGGUAAGCCUUGUGAUGAUGAGGAUUGUUUCCCUGGAAGUGGGUCCGGUGAGGUUACCGAGGAAACUACUGGAACGCCCAAAGUUACUGAUCCAUCCUCAGAAUCUACCGCAGUAACAACAUCAGCUGGCGGUAACACAAGCUCAAAAACCACCGAAGGCAGCGAUGGCUCAACCACCCAUAGCACAACGCAUCACACCACCACUCAAACCGUAUUCAACCUCACACACUCCACCACACCGAUACGGCAAACCGAAGGCACUACUACAUCAAUCCAACACACCACAAAGGGUGAAACGACGCCAGUGAUUAUCCCGGAGGAAGACACUACCACUACGACCGCGACACGGGAAAGAUUUACGGAUCCGCCUACUGUGAUACAGGCAAGGCCUCCGUUACCUGAUUAUGUCCCAUCGAUUAAUACUUAUCCGAACUUUAAUAACAAGAAUAAGAGACCGCCAGAAAGGAUUAAUUCGGAGACGUCGGAGAUUGUAGCCUUAAUUAUAGGCAUCAUCGCAGGCGCCCUCAUAGCAAUCAUCCUCAUCAUCCUCGUGAUCCUGAAAUUCAGGUCGCGUGCCGACCGCUUCAAAGUUGACGACAGCAAGUCGUUCCAGCAAGGCCCGCAGGCGGCGCUGCUCGGUCACGCGGGUGGCAGCGCCACCAACGGCAGCUCGCCGUACCAGGUGAACGGCGCGCUGCGAAACGGCCAAGGCAACAACGGCGCAGGUGGCGCCGCCGCCGGCCAGAAGAAGAAACGCGACAGCAAAGACAUCAAAGAGUGGUACGUGUAA